AUGAACAUCUUCAUUAUCACUAUAUUUUCGAUGUUCGCUCUAGGAUUUGCAGAGGAGUGUGGACCAGGCAAUCAGUGUGAUUCUGGCCAAUGCUGCGUUGAUACGGAUGGGAAUAGAUCGUGCGAACCAUUAGCACGAUUGGGCGAACGCUGCUCUACUGGACCGGUGCUUGGCGUAUAUAAAGAUUUAUGCCCAUGCGAUGGGGGCAUUGACUGUCAGUCGAGCUUUUGUGUUAUGUAG